AAGGGCGCUCAACUAACCUCCAAGGUCACCAACAUUCCUCCAGUGGCUGCUUCGAUUUUAGGCUAACGUUACUGGCUACAUACACAACAAAGCCCCCCAGUUUGUCCUUCAAAACCCCAAAAUUCAAUACAACCCGGCUAAAUCUCCUUCCGCCACCAAGACAUCUGGAAGCUACAAACCCCCGAUUAAUUGCAAUUGCAGUGCUCCUGCUUGCUUGACAUCGACCUACCUUCAUGCGUUGUGCCUUCCAGUGUCAUCCGGAAUGCAAAAGGGUAGUGUGAUGCAACCCUUGGCUCAUAGUCUAAACCAUUUGGGAACACCCAUCUUCCUCCGGGCCAUCGUUUCAUACAUUCGGAGUGCCUACCCUUCUCUUCCUCUAGAUCCGGUCAUCUUUCAAUCCAUCUUUGUGUGUCUGAUAGCUGGAAACAAGCAUUUGAUUCUUCGUACAUCUGAGGAUGAUGUUGCUCUUGUUAUGAGAAUUGCUGCUAAGAUAUUAUCCUUAGUUUUUGGUUUGGCGACUCAUAGGCUACGCAUACGCGCCAAGGAGCCCGCUCUUUCCGCGUCUGUCGGUCCGAACUCCUUCCUCCGGUCGUUGUUCCUGCCCAUUUUUCCUUCCAACGCAAACGUUGGGAGUAAUGGGUCGAUCUAUAAUUCGCAAGAUGAUUCAUCCACCGUGACCGGUCGCAAAGGAAGGAAACGCCGGCAGAGGCGUGUCUCCUCACGUUCACACUCACGUCCAACUACUGGUCAAAGUAAAGCCAACCAGUUCCCUCGCUCUGUAUCCUAUCCCAACGACAUAUCGCUUCCAAAGCAACCGCCAACCGGAAUAAACCCCGACCCAUCUUGGGAUCAUCAUAUACCUCAAAGCCGCUCUACACCGUCAAACCCGUUUGCUUCCGAUUCAGUCAAGUCUUCGUCCGCUCUAACCUCACCAACCUUUCCUCACUCUCAUUCCGAUCCAUCUCCGAUCCGUCCCCGCGAUAUUUCCAAUCCACAAGUACCGAAAGCACUUGUCAUUUCGGGACUGGAGAAUGCAAGCUUCCUCGCCCAAAGAGCACUGACAACGGUACUGACCGAAAAGCAAGUUGUCCUUGACGGACUGAUUCCGAAUGAAGGCAGUGGCGCAGAUUCCAGACGUUCGCGAUUCAUCAAUGAAACCAAGGGUAUCCAGGAACAUGAUAUCGACGGUGUUUGGCCACUCCCGGACGACUUUUUUCUCCUAUACGUCUGCCCACUCAAUGAAUGGGAGCGGCCUGACAUCCACAAGACAUUGGUCGGUUGAUCUUCACAUGAUGAUCUUUUAGCUGAUAUUAUGUUUGCUAGCUGGACAAAUUCGCCAUGAGCGCCACUGUAACACUUCAACCAUCAACACGUUCCGCCGCUAGUACCUUGUAUCGUCCACAUUCGUUUCGUGGAUCUCCCGUAUUAUCGCCUGUUCCGCUGGGACCAAAUCAUGCGCCCGCUUCCUCACCUCCGUUUUUCACUCAGUCGUUACCUGCUCGUCAGUGGUCUCCCAGCCCACACGCCUCCGCAGCGGCGGUCAAUACAUCUCUGAUUAGCAUGCAAUUCAUUUAUACUCUUCGGGAGGUUUGCUCAAGAGUUCACUUUCCUCCACCUCUUAAUCUGUACCUAUUAAAUCUGUUCUCUGCCGCGACAUAUCAUCCGCAACUGGAAGGAAGACUAUUAACUGCGGUGUCGACGAAGAAUGCCUACGAUUUAUGUCGUGCGUGGCGGGUGCUCAAAGGCGAUCCGACCGGAACGGAACUUGUCGAAGAUACCGUCCUCGUUGAGGAUGAGGCCCCCGCAGAUGCCCCGGGUAAUGAAGCCAUUGCCAUCGGGAGCGAAGAUAUCACCCACUUCAAUGAUGAUGCGGCGCACCACUUGGGGCUGCAGAUGGAGUUGGGUAGUGAUGAAGACGAGUAUAUUCAAGAGGAUGUAUUCGACUUGCCGAUUCUCGAGGUAACUCAGUCAGACGUUGCGAGGAUUGUCCCUCGAGUUAUAUCUCACAGAGUCAGAGUUCGUAAUGGUCCGCAAGACGAGGUUCUAGCCAGUGCGAUGUUCGGGGCAGCUCUUCCUUCCGAUGAUCUCGACGGCAGAAAUCGUGCUGAGCGGGGAAUACACGGGAACAAGAUCACAGUUAAGGAUAUCCUCGUUAGUGUACUGCAGGAGGUGUAGUUCUCUAUCUUUGUGAAUGAUGCACAGAAGUGGAGACAAGGCUCGACGAUGACCAGC